AUGCCAACUGCUAGUUCCAACUUUCCCUUCAUUCUAAUUUCAGUUUCUUUUGCUGUGAAAAAGCUCUUUAGCCUGAUGUAUUCACACUUGUCUAUACCCCUGUUUAGGAGGAAUUGGAAACACUUUCAAAAUGUGUUGGCCUUUCUCUUUGCCAUUGAGGAGAUCAACAAGAGCUCCCAUUUGCUUCCCAACCUUUCCCUGGGUUAUUAUCUCUACAAUGCACUUCCCAAUAACCAAAGAACCAUAGAGAAUACUCUAUUUUUGCUCUCUGGAAUGAAUCAAACUCUGCCUAACUACAACUGCCAGGCACAGAAACAAUCUAUUGCUAUAAUCACAGGAUGUACACCAAUAUUUUCAGCCCAAAUUGGAACCCUUUUGGAGCUCUACAAAAGCCCACAGGUCACAUAUGGUCCUUUUGAUCCCAGCCUAAGUGAUAAAAGUCAGUUUUCAUCAGUUUAUCAGAUGGCCGCCAAGGAGAGCUUUCUGGUCCAUGGAAUCAUCUGGUUGUUGCUGCAGUUUGGCUGGACAUGGGUGGCACUUUACGUAUCUGAUGAUAUCCAAGGAGAGCAUUUCCUUCAGGAUCUAAAGACAGAGAUGAUAAAAAAAGGUAUCUGUGUGGACUUUACAGAAAAGCUCCCUGCCACAACUGGUACUGAAACACUGCUAGAUUUCAAUCAUAUGACUAGGAUCAGGGUUUCAUCUGCAAAUGUGUACAUAAUAUAUGGAGAUAGAGGGAGUGUCUGGAACCUGGUAUGGGCAAAUAAAUUCGAUUUAAUUUUGGGAAAGGUAUGGGUCAUGCAAAAUCUCCGGUCAGCACACUGGAGGGACAUGUUUUUUGUCGUGGAUCAUAUGCCAUACCUUUUCCAUGGAAGCCUCUUACUUUCAAACCAGAAAAAAAAGAUUCCUGGCUUUGAACAUUUUCUAAAGACACUCAACCCUUAUCAAUACCCACAAGAUAUUUUAUUGACUGAACUAUGGACUGAUGUUUUUCAUUGUUCACUUGCUGGAUCACUAUGUAUGAAAGUUGGAGACUGCCCACCAAAUUCAUCCUUAGAGUUUAUACCAUUUUAUUUGGACAUGAUGACUGUGUUUGACUCUAACAAUUUUAUCUAUCAUGCUGUGUAUAUGGUGGCCCAAGUCCUUCAUAAGAUUUUUGUGCAGAAGAUAGAAAUAAGAUCGCCAGAAGGUGAAGAUCAGACUAUGCUUCUUCCUUGGCAGCAGCAGCCCAAGGAAUAUAAUCACCAAGCUGAUAAAUAUUUAUAUGCAGUGAUUCUUUUUUCCACUCAGACUCCUGAAUCUCUGUGUAGCCAUAGCUGUAGUCCAGGAUUUCAGAAAAUUCCCCAAGAAGGAAGACCUGCUUGCUGCUUCAUUUGUGUUUCUUGCACUGAGAGGGACAUUUCAAAUCUAACAGAUGCAGAACACUGUUUCCAGUGUGCAGCUCAAGAGUACCCAAAUGAUGAGAGAACUCACUGCCUUCCCAAGCCUGUGACUUACUUGGAUUUCAAGGAUGCUUUGGGGUUGUCCAUGACCUGCACUGCAUUGUGGUUUACCGUGGUAACAGCUGUGGUUUUGGGGGUCUUUGUAAAACACAGAGACACUCCCAUAGUCAAGGCCAAUAACCAGACUCUCAGUUUCAUCCUGCUCAUCUCCCUCCUCCUAUGCUUUCUCUGCUCCUUGCUCUUCAUUGGACAUCCUAACACAGUCACCUGUAUCCUCCAACAAGUCACAUUUGGACUUGUAUUUACUGUGGCAGUUUCCACUGUUCUGGCCAAAACCAUUAUCGUGGUUCUGGCAUUCAAGGUCAUGAAGCCUGGAAGAACAAUGAGGUACUUGCUGCUAUCAGGGGCUUCUAACUCUGUCAUUCCCAUCUGCUUCCUGAUUCAACUCAUAAUCUGUGGCAUCUGGCUGGGAACUUCUCCUCCUUUUGUUGACACAGAUUCACACUCUGAGCCCAGAAACCUCAUCAUCAUGUGUAACAAGGGCUCAUUAAUUGCCUUUUACUGUGUCUUGGGAUACCUAGGCUUAUUGGCUCUAGGGAGUUUCACUUUGGCUUUCCUGGCCAGGAAUCUGCCUGACACAUUCAAUGAAGCCAAGUUCCUCACAUUCAGCAUGCUGGUGUUCUGCAGUGUCUGGGUCACCUUCCUCCCUGUUUACCAGAGCACCAAGGGGAAGUUCAUGGUGGCUGUGGAGGUUUUCUCCAUCUUGUCCUCUAGUGCAGGGCUCCUGUGCUGCAUCUUUGCCCCUAAGUGCUACAUUAUCCUAAUAAGACCUGAUAAAAACUGUUUGAAAGGUUUAAAAAACAAAGGAGGUUCUAGAAGAAACAGGCAUCCCAAGGUUUUAUUACAUAAGUCUGUAUAA